AAAAUGGCAGAAACUUAGUGUUUGUAUACGGAACAAGUAGUGAAGGUCGGCUUUGUUAGUAAAGUAAUAAGAAGUUUAGAAGCUUUAAAACACAAUUAACAGCGUUUAGUGGGCAGCCCGUCGUAGUGUUGCAUUUAACGAUCGUAAUCAACUAACAGGACUCAUGAAUAACACAAAUUCUUCGGAUUCGAAUGGCAGUAGGAAUUACUUUGUAAAUUUUAACCAGGAUAUCACAUCGUUGGCUGUGGGUUGCAAGAAGGGUUACAGACUGUUCUCGCUGAGCAAUGUCGACACGCUCGAGGAGAUCUACAGCAACGGCACCGAGGACUCCUGCCUGGUGGAGCGGCUGUUCAGCAGCAGCCUGGUCGCGGUGGUGUCGCUGGCCGCCCCCCGAAAGCUGAAGGUGUGCCACUUCAAGAAGGGCACGGAGAUAUGCAACUACAGCUACUCGAACACGAUCCUGGCGGUGAAGUUGAACAGGGCGCGGCUGGUGGUGUGCCUGGAGGAGGCGCUCUACAUCCACAACAUCAGGGACAUGAAGGUGCUGCACACGAUACGGGACACGCCGCCGAAUCCGAGCGGGCUCUGCGCGCUGACCAUCAACAACACGGACAACUGCUAUCUGGCGUAUCCGGGCUCUUCGACCAUAGGGGAAGUACAGAUCUUCGAUGCCAAUAACCUACACGCCAAAACCAUGAUCCCGGCGCACGACAGUCCCCUGGCCGCGCUCGCCUUCAGUCCCAACGGCAGCCGCAUGGCGACCGCCUCGGAAAAGGGCACCGUCAUCAGGGUGUUCAGCGUGACCGACGGCUCCAAACUGUACGAGUUCAGGCGCGGCGUCAAACGCUGCGUCGCCAUAUCCUGCCUCGCGUUCAGCAUGUGCGGCCAGUACCUCAGCUGCAGCAGCAACACCGAGACGGUGCACGUCUUCAAGCUCGAAGAGCCCAAAGACAGCCCGCGACGAAGCGUAGACGAGGGAAGUUGGAUGGGUUACCUGACCAAUUAUCUGCCGACGCAAGUGACGGACGUUUUCAACCAGGGCCGCGCGUUCGCGACCGCCCAUCUGCCCAUUUACGGCGUACGGAACGUCAUAUCGAUAGUAACAAUCCAGAAUCAGCUGAGGUUGCUGAUCGCGACGGAAGAUGGCGUUCUCUACGUCUACAACGUCGACAGCGCGGAGGGCGGGGACCUGACUCUCUACAAAAAGCAUCGCAUCGACGAGUUCGAAGCGGGGGCGGCGGGGGCGGCAUCGGAAGUCGACGGCGCCCGAUCCGAGCCGAAGAACAUCGAAGCAGGAGGUAAUAACUCACUUUGCUAGCGCUUGGUGUUUUUUUUUAUCGCGCACAGGUCGACAAAAUCAAACUUUCCGUUGCUGCAGGUUGGCAAAACAACUCUCCAGGGUAGUUUUGGCACGCCGAACCCAAAAAUGCUAAAUCAGCUCUUGUUUUCGACAAUUAAGAAUCCUGGAUAAUGUAGCUAUGGCUUACAGACUAAAACUCCUCUCGGGUACCGUCAGUAUUACUUCGCAAGCUACUUGCAUUUUGUUGGCGUUAUUCUUCUCUUUCGUCUUCUUUUGCUCUCAUUAUACUUUGAAGGUUAUAAAAUAACCUUAAAAUUGACAUUUGACAGGUUUAUUUUUUUACAAAAGAGGAGUAUAAUGAUUGUUCUUUAAGGUCUCUUUUAAGGCUUGCAAGUCUCUCUGUAAGAAACAACGUUUAAAACGAUUAUUAAUCUGUACAAACCCAAAGCACAAGAAUUGUAAACAUCAAAAAUGGCCGCCAUUGGAUGAUGUGCAGUGUUGCAGUGAUUUUUAGUAUUUUUAGUAUGAGAUUGUGGGUGGUUCAUUGUUUUCUUAAAAAUUAAUUGACACUGACAUUUAUUUGUUGUCAUCAAAUAUGUGUUUGUGAAAUUCUUUAAUAAAAUGGAAAAGGUGCAACUCUUGAGAAAUUGCCAUUUAUUUAGAAAUAUGAU